AUGGGAGUCACUGGGCUACCCAAAGCUAUAAAAGACACCAAAGGAACGCUAGCUUAUGAUCUGCAGAGCAAGAAAGUUCAUGUCGAUGCCUUAAGUCUGUACUUCGGAUUCUUGCAAACAAGGACCUUCAAAGCGACGUGUAACAGAGUCGCCAAGGAAACGAGAGCUGAGGCAACGGCUACGACAACAACCAGCGCAUCAGCAGCUUCUAUCCUAACAGCAACGGCGACUUUUCUCGCAGUUCCCACAGCUCCCGCAGUCUCCACAGCCUCAGCAGCGCAAGAUGCGCCUUCUGUUGCAGACGCCAGCACUAGCAGGAGAAGCGGCAUCAAUAAGCGCGUCCUGAGUUUCUCCGAGGCUCCAUCCAAGCGAGGAAAGGCUUGCUCUAGUUAUGCGAGCGAGGUACAGGCUGUCGGAGUGCAACAUCCUGCACUGUUCAUUGGUCCUAAUGGACGAUUGACACCAGACCGACCUGGAACAGCAGAGCAGUCACAGAACUACGGCUACAUAGCGCAUGAUCUCAACAAAAUCAUGUCAAAGCACUUUAGCAAAUCGACAACAGUUUUACACUUUGACGGAAAGGCCUUGAUACAAAAGUCUCAAGAGCGACAAGAUCGGGCCAUAUCCCUCAGCAACCGGAUCAAGGCUCUGGAGGCGCGAGCUGACAACGCCAUAGGAAAAAACAGCGGCUCUUUGGCCCCCCUGUACAAGUAA